GCACCCCGGGCACCGGCAGUCCGUCUGACAGACGCUGCGCACACUGACGGGGGUUCUGAGGCAGCAGCCGAGCACCGAGAUCACUCCGGGGCAGGAUGGGGACCCUCAGGGCAUUCGCGAACUCCACAGCCUUCCAGGAGCUGCUCUGUCGGCACAACUUCACCGGCAACUGUACCGGCAACCUGACCGCCGCCUGGCCGAACAUCAGCAGCGGCAGCCCGGACCACAGGAGGAUCCCCAGCAUGUCAGACCUGAACUACUGGGUGCGGAUUCUGCUCUACUGCCUCAUCUUCCUCCUCAGCAUCUUCGGGAACACCCUCAUCAUCAUCGUCCUGGUGAUGAACAAGCGGCUCCGGACCGUCACCAACUCCUUCCUGCUGUCCCUGGCCGUCAGCGACCUGAUGGUGGCCAUCCUGUGCAUGCCGUUCACCCUCAUCCCAAACCUCAUGGGAAAUUUCAUCUUCGGAGAAGUCAUCUGCCGGACAGCAGCGUAUUUCAUGGGGCUCUCCGUCAGCGUCUCCACCUUCAACCUCGUGGCCAUCGCCAUCGAACGCUACAGCGCCAUCUGCAACCCUCUGAAGUCCCGCGUGUGGCAGACGCGCUCCCACGCCUACAAGGUCAUCGCCGCCACCUGGAUCCUGUCCAUCGUCAUCAUGAUCCCGUAUCUCGUCUACAACGCCAUCGUGCCCUUCAGCAUGAAGGAGAGCAACAGGCAGGGGUACCAGUGCCGGAUGGUAUGGCCCAACAACCAUGUGCAGCAGGCAUGGUACGUCAUCCUCCUCGCCAUCCUCUUCUUCCUCCCCGGAGUGGUCAUGAUCGUGGCCUAUGGACUCAUCUCCCGGGAGUUGUACCGCGGCAUCCAGUUUGAGAUCGAUCUGAACAAAGAAGCCAAAGCUCAUAAGAACGGAGCGGCCCCCAGCGCAGUGAUGGCUUCCGGCUGUGAAGAAGGAGACGGCUGUUAUAUUCAGGUGGCCAAACGGCGCAACACCAUGGAGAUGUCGACCCUGACGCCCAGCGGCUGCACCAAGAUGGACCGUGCGCGCAUCAACAACUCCGAGGCCAAGCUCAUGGCGAAGAAGCGAGUCAUCCGCAUGCUCAUAGUCAUCGUGGCCAUGUUCUUCAUUUGCUGGAUGCCCGUCUUCGUGGCCAACACCUGGCGGGCCUUCGACGAAAAGUCGGCUCUCCAAGCCCUGACCGGGGCUCCCAUCUCAUUCAUUCACCUCCUGUCGUACACCUCGGCCUGCGUCAACCCCCUCAUCUACUGCUUCAUGAACAAGCGAUUCCGCAAGACCUUUCUGGGCACCUUCGCCGGCUGCAUCAAGCCUUGCAGGCGCUUUCGCGAUGCCGAGGAGGACACCAUAACCCCCGGGGCAUCUCUCUCCAAGUUCAGCUACACCACCGUGAGCAGCCUUGGCCCUCCGUGA